AUGACUGAGAAGAAGGAUCCUGUUGAGAAUGCCAUCGAACUGGCAAAGCCUCUGCUGGCUCAGCUGAGUUUUGGUGCCGCGAUGGGAUAUUGCAGUGGAAUGGCCAUGAAGAAGGUCGGCAAGGCGGUUGCAUUUGGAGUAGGCGUCAUUUUCAUUGGGCUUCAAGCGGCAGCGUCGACCGGCUACAUCGCCGUGGACUGGGCUAAAAUUUCAGAUGAUACCAUGAAGAAACUCGACACGACGGGAGAUGGCAAAGUCGAUGCAGAAGAUUUGAAGCUUUAUUGGAAGAAACUCAAGGCACUUCUGGUCAACAAACUUCCUUCUUCGUCUGGAUUCAGCCUUGGAUUCUUGUACGGAGUGCGAUACGGAUAA